AUGAAUCCUUCACUGUUUCCUUCAAAAAUCCUUUCCAUUCCCUUCAUCACCAUCUACAUCUUCAUCGUCAUUCCAACAGUCUUUUCCUCAACUAAAACAAUCUCCUAUUCCGAUCACUGCAAUUCCUUCGUCCCUGAAGCCAUUCCGACCACCAUCACAUACACCCGAUUCCCAUUUCUCGAAACCAUAACCAGUCAUUACACUGGCGCCAAAAACAUUCUCGACCAAGAUUCACUCUCACAAAGUUAUAUCCAUUUUAGACCCAAAGAUUAUAACAUCUUCAAAACAAACACCUCCAACACAUACAAAACCCAAGCUCAAUUAACUUUCGUUCCACCAAGUAUAUACCAUUUCCAAUCUAACCAUUCACGAUUUUAUCGUCCAUUGGUGUUUAACUUAGAUGGGUUCUUGUCAGUUUCCACGAAUAAGCUUUGUAUGGUUGGAUCCGCAAAUUGGUUUUCCAAAAAAGGUAAACGUCUGAAACUCGAUGCUGUUCUUAAGCUUAAUUUACCUAGGCUUAUGAAUUUAAAUACUAGCUUAGUCAGUGGAACCUUGGAAAGUUUAGCUUUCCCCCAUGAUUCAGAUUACUUUGACCCGAUUUCAAUGAUGGGAUUCCCUCAAGUGUCUCAAUUCAAAUACAAAUAUUCUUUGGUUUCCAAUGAAGAUUGUAAUGGGGCAAACGCAAUUGAACAUCCAGUAGCUAGUCUGGAAUCUUUAGACUUAUGUUCAAAGUUCACAUAUCGAUUCCUGAUUUACCAGAUGGAAAGUCAAGGUAGUGGGUACCCGUUUUUAUCGUUGUAUGGGUUUCAGUGUUCAGUGGAAGAAAAAAAGUUACGUUUUUUAGUUGAAUUUCAAAACACAAGUAAUACCCGUUGGGAUAAAUCUUUCAAUCCAAAUGUAACGUUAAUUGGAGAUGCAACAUGGAAUGGGCCAAAAGAAGAGCUUUGUAUAGUCGCAUGUCAUAUCUUGAAUCAAACUGACCCUUUGGGAAGUGCGCAUAUUGGAGAUUGUUCGGUCAGGCUGACCUUAUAUUUCCCUGAAGUUCGGUCAAUCAUGAACACACAUACCACCGAAGGUCAAAUUUGGUUAACCAAGAAAGCGGAUGAUGUCGGGUAUUUUGAACCAAUCAAGUUUCAAAGCUUUGAUCAUAGUUCGGAGAAUUACGGAUCAAUGUAUGAGUUCACAAAAUUGCAGAAAGUAAGACAAGUUUGCCCUCAAACAAACGUUGCUAAAAGGGAAGGGGUUGAGUACCCAUCAGGGUAUAAUGGGGAUAUGAGUUUCGACAUGUCUGUCAAGUACAGAAACAUGGAUUCCAUUGGUUCUGCAAUUCCGAUCUUUGUCGGGGAGCAGUUCUACCACUCGUAUGACGCUUUCGAUUCAAAUUUUGGUCCAUGGCAGGACCCCACCAGUUACACCGGUCCCAUGAACAUCAGCUAUGAGAUUAGCUUCCAAAUGUUUGCUAAUUCAACGUCGGAAUCGGGAAGCGGGAUUUCGUCGUUAUUCUCAACCAAUAAUGGUAGAGUUGAGAUAUCUGCAGAAGGGUUUUAUGAUAAUGAAACCGGAAGACUUUGUAUGGUUGGGUGUCGAAAUCUACCUUCUUCUGGGAAGAAUUCAGAAAAUGAAUCUUUCGAUUGCGAGAUUCUGGUGCAAUUCCAAUUCCCGAGUACUAAUGGCAAUAAUGGAAGUUUUUUAAUCAGGGGAAGCAUAGAAAGCUUACGUGAAAAGACAGAUGUUUUGUAUUUCGAAAGUCUAAAUGUUGUUUCUCUCACUUACACUAAACUCGAAGCCAUGGAAUCGAUAUGGAGAAUGGAUUUGGAAAUUAUACUGGACUUGAUUUCUGGGACGCUUUCGUGCUUUUUUAUUGUCCUGCAAAUCUUUCAUGUGAAAAAGAAUCCGGAUAUGAUUCCUUUGAUUUCGGUUUUGAUGAUGGUGAUUCUUACACUUGGGUAUAUGGUUCCUUUAGUGUUGAAUUUCGAGGCAAUGUUUUCAGAGACUCCUUAUCUUCAAAACAUUCAACUCGAGGGUAGUGGUGGAUUGCUUGAGGUGAAUAAAGUCAUUGUUAGGAUAGUUACAAUGGUAGCUUUCACUUUGCAAUUCCGUCUCCUCCAAUUGACAUGGACUAAAAAAUUUGGGAAGGACAAUAAUGGAAAGGGAAAGAGUCAUUGGAAUCAUGAGAUAUGGACUCUGGUCAUCUGUUUACCGAUUUAUACUGUUGGUGGAUUGAUGAUGUUUCUAGCGAAUAGGAAGAACAAUAAUUACAUUAUCUCAAGUAAUCGAUCAAUCUGGGGUGCUUUGAGGUCUUAUGCAGGGUUAACACUAGACGGAUUCCUAUUCCCACAGAUGGUACUUAACAUGUUUAAGAUUUCAAAAGGGAAUGCUUUGUCUUAUUUGUUUUACAUAGGGAACACUUUUGUUCGAACACUACCUCAUGCGUAUGAUAUUUAUAGGGGUCAAAAGAACAUAAGUCACCAGUUUCAUCAGUUCUAUCUAUAUGCAAACCCAAGAGCAGAUUUCUAUUCACCUUCUUGGGAUGUUGUCAUUGCUUGUGGAGGUGUUGUGUUUGCAGUGAUCGUCUUCUUGCAACAACGUUUUGGUGGUCGAUUUAUGUUUCCGAAGAGAUUUCGGGACACUAUUGAGUAUGAAAUGGUGCCUGUGGUAAACAAUGAGUAA